GGUCGUGGGGCGGUAGGUGAAGGAUUACGACCUUUCCUUUUUUGUUCACACCCACUUAUAUCUACCCCUCCUCGCUUCUCACACAAUUUCUCAGAUCAAACUCAAAACAAAAUUUGUUUGUUCGUUUGAUCUUUCUUAAAAAUAUGAAAAUUAACAUCAGAGAUUCCACCAUGGUCCGGCCUGCCACCGAGACACCAAUCACUAAUCUUUGGAACUCCAACGUCGACCUUGUCAUCCCCAGAUUCCAUACCCCUAGUGUCUACUUCUACAGACCCACCGGCGCUUCCAAUUUCUUUGACCCUCAGGUCAUGAAGGAAGCUCUUUCCAAAGCCCUUGUCCCUUUUUACCCUAUGGCUGGUCGCUUGAAGAGAGACGAUGAUGGUCGUAUUGAGAUCGAUUGUAACGGUGCUGGUGUUCUCUUCGUUGUGGCUGAUACUCCUUCUGUUAUCGAUGAUUUUGGUGAUUUUGCUCCUACCCUUAAUCUCCGUCAGCUUAUUCCCGAAGUUGAUCACUCCGCUGGCAUUCACUCUUUCCCGCUUCUCGUUUUGCAGGUGACUUUCUUUAAAUGUGGGGGAGCUUCACUUGGGGUUGGGAUGCAACAUCACGCGGCAGAUGGUUUCUCUGGUCUUCAUUUUAUCAACACAUGGUCUGAUAUGGCUCGUGGUCUUGACCUAACCAUUCCACCUUUCAUUGAUCGAACACUCCUCCGAGCUAGGGACCCGCCACAGCCUGCUUUUCAUCAUGUUGAAUAUCAGCCUGCACCAAGUAUGAAGAUACCUCUUGAUCCGUCUAAAUCAGGACCUGAGAAUACCACUGUCUCUAUAUUCAAAUUAACACGAGACCAGCUUGUUGCUCUUAAGGCGAAAUCCAAGGAGGAUGGGAACACUGUCAGCUACAGCUCAUACGAGAUGUUGGCAGGGCAUGUGUGGAGAUCAGUGGGAAAGGCGCGAGGGCUUCCAAACGACCAAGAGACGAAACUGUACAUUGCAACUGAUGGAAGGUCUAGACUACGUCCGCAGCUGCCUCCUGGUUACUUUGGGAAUGUGAUAUUCACUGCAACACCAUUGGCUGUUGCAGGGGAUUUGUUAUCUAAGCCAACAUGGUAUGCUGCAGGACAGAUUCAUGAUUUCUUGGUUCGUAUGGAUGAUAACUAUCUGAGGUCAGCUCUUGACUACCUGGAGAUGCAGCCUGAUCUGUCAGCCCUUGUCCGCGGUGCACAUACCUACAAGUGCCCAAAUUUGGGAAUCACAAGCUGGGUUAGAUUACCUAUUUAUGAUGCAGACUUUGGUUGGGGUCGUCCUAUCUUUAUGGGACCUGGUGGAAUUCCAUACGAGGGUUUGUCUUUUGUGCUACCAAGUCCUACUAAUGAUGGCAGCUUAUCCGUUGCCAUUGCCCUCCAAUCUGAACACAUGAAACUGUUUGAGAAGUUUUUGUUUGAGAUAUGAGAGCGUUAAGCCCUCGUUUUUCCCUCAGUAAAUUUGGGCAAAUUUGCUUCUUGUCAUCAUCCUGUGUUUUAGAGGGUACAACAAAUCAUAAGGUGUGCUUAUGGUCUGUAACUUUGGACUAUGUCGUAUAGGAACUUUUGCUUUAUGUUAAUACAGAUGAUAAGUGUUGUUCUAUAACACAUGCCGUGAUUGUUUUGUGUCUCAUUGGUUAUAUCCACCAUGCUGUAUGAUUUUCAGCUUCCAUGCAAUAACUCUGUUUCUAUCUUUCUAUCUUUCUAUACUUGUGAAUUUUGGGAGAAUUAGAGCUGCUUUCAUUACUUAUUUAAUAGAAACAUCUGAAACUCGAGUUAAAUGG